AUGACCACGGCGUCAACGCCUGCAACCCCCGGCCCCUCGACUCCAACGACAGUCAGGACGUUUCCUCUCGACCAAGUGAAGAUCAGCGAUCUCGAUGAGGAUAUCAUACCACCCGAUAGACCGAAGAGUACGCCGUUCCCUGAGCCUGAUCUGCUUGAAGGGGACAUUCAAUGUUCACUGCGGCCAAAUGGUUCAGAGCGCCAGGAUGAUUACCGUAUUCAUUCCCUCCAGGCCCCUCAGUCAGAAUCCUCGAGCUCAGCGCUUAACGACUUGCCUACCGAAAUCCACGAGCAAAUACUCGACCACCUGUCCGGAGUCAGAUCGUCAGCCUCGUCACGGACAACUGCGGGGAAGUCAAAAGCACUGCGGGGUUGGGGUACUGCUUUGAGACACUCGAGACGUCGCGAGGUCUCGGAAUUGGCGCUUGUCAGUAACAAAUGGAGGGAACUCAUACAAGACCGGCUUUAUCGUCACUUAAAGAUUAAGGGAACCCGGGAAUCCGUGGAGCAAUCGAUGUAUUGGUUCUGCAUGCAUCCACACCUUCGUCCCUACGUCAAACAUAUUGAGAUAUGGUUCCCCGUCUUCCAACAGAAGAAUCCGGCUUUUGAUCGCACUCUUCGCAUUCCAUUGACAACCCCAGAUCGCUCUACUUUGAUUCGAUCUCUUGCGAACCUAGCAGAUUCUGGCAACGCCAUCAGCUACCAGUCGCCAUCGAACAAUUGCACUUUAGAAGAGGUUUUUGCCUUUAUUCAAAUGACAUUCGAAGAGGCUUGCAUUUUAACAUUAGAAGGGGGGGAGAGAAAGAAGCCACCCAUGGUCCGACAAUUCGUCGGCGACGAGAGCUUCUCACUUCCGUUAUUGGAAAAGAUUCGAACAUUGGUCUGCAAAGGUCAGUGGAAUAUUAUCAGAUCAUUCGAGGAUUUCCAGAAUAUCGCGCUAGCACUACCGAAUCUCCAAGAGUGGCAUGGAUCAUACGCAAAGCCCAAAUCGAAGAGCUAUAUUUCAAUGGCUACCAUUCUCCCGAAACUACCCACGAACCUCACCCAUCUCAAUAUUUGUCUUGAGGCCGAUUAUCGUAGGGAAGCAGUCUCCCCUCUCUUUUUCAAGAAAGUUGGUCUGAAGACACACUUCUGCGUGGACAUGGCAAAGGCAAUUCCAACAUUGGAACAUCUCGUAUAUACCGGUCGAGUCUGCCACUCGUUCUUCGACAAUGCAGCAAAGCUGUCUAAUCCUAGGGAGUCGCGACUCAAGAGCGUUGACCUGAUUAUCAAGAAUAUUUGCCGGCCAACUUUUCUCUGGAACGAUGGAUCAGGCAUUACAGAUAUGGCGUUCAUUCUUGCAUUCGAGGCUCUAGUUCUCUCUGGAGUUAAAUCAUUGGAUAGAUUGUCAGCGUUGGACUUCCUGCGAAUCCGCUUUAUCGAUCUUGAAUCACCCCUUCCAGCCCUGAACCCCUAUUUCAACCUCAACCACAACCAAUGCACCGGCAUCUGGAGCGACGCGAUUGUCGAUGCCCUUGCCAGAACCCGGCCAAAGGCUUCCUUUGUUGAGAAAUCCGAAAAUCUAGGCGACAUUGGGUUCAAGGACGGACAAUUACUCGGCUCGCCCGUCUUCUCGAAGACACGACCCCUGUCGGUCAAAGUCUCGAGUUACAUGUCUCUAUCCGGCGGCAUUACAAUCAACUAA